AUGAGAGUAUUGGUAACUGGAGCAUCUGGAUUGUUGGGUAGAGCAUUUAUGAGAAUCGCCGCAGACAUGGCACACAAACAGCAGUGUCAGGUUCUGGGACUAGCAUUCUCACGUUACGACCAAUACAAGGAUCAAUUCAACUUGAAAAAGGUUGAUCUCUGCGACAAGGAACAACUCAGACAACUCGUACUCGACUUUAAGCCAACAGUCAUCAUUCAUUCGGCUGCAGAAAGAAAUCUAAACAACUGUGAAAACAACAAAGAAAAGACUUUUAAUUUAAAUGUUUCAACAACAGAAUAUAUUUCAGAUUUGGCUAAAGAGGUUGGAGCUUAUAUUCUAUUGAUUUCAAGUGACUAUGUGUUUGACGGUACAUCACCACCUUAUACACCCGAUGCAAAGACUCACCCACUUUCAUUCUAUGGUGAAACAAAGAGAGAAUCUGAAGUGGUUGCACUUAAAUCAAAUCCUUUAAAUAAAAUAUUAAGAGUACCAGUACUUUAUGGACAAGUUGAAAAUUUAAAGGAAUGUUCAGUGACAAUGGUUGCAAAUCAAAUCAUUAACAAGAAAAAGGAAGAGUUGGUAGAGAUUGAUAAUUCACAGAUUAGAUAUCCAACAUUGGUUGAUAAUGUUGCACGUGUAGGAUAUGAUUUGAUUGGUUUAGGGGAUGUUACCAAUCAGUUACAAGGUGGCAUCUAUCAUUACACUGGUAAUGAGAAAAUGACCAAAUACGAUAUGGCCAAGGCAAUGGCAUCGAUCAUUCCAUCUAUUGUCGAUACCAACACUAUCAAACCAUUAGAUAACCCACCCAUUACAGAACCACGUCCUCAUGAUGCUCAACUCGAUCUAACUUCUACUACUGAAGCUCUUCAACAUCCACUUCCUCAAUCAUCUUUUAAAUUGGAAAUCUCAUCUGUUUUCAAAUUAUUAAAUAUUCAAACUUCACUUUAA